AAUAUUAACAAUNCCAAUGACAACGACGGCGGAGACAACAGUGGAACAGACAAUGAGGAUAAGAGUGAGAUCUUCGCCUAUUCAUUGUCGCCAUCGGCUACUCUUAAUAACAAUGUGGUCAACACUAAUGGCAACAAUACUAUGGACUCAAACAAUGAGGAUUCAAACGACUGUCCGAUUACUAUUCCAAACGAUGAUAUACCAAUGAUUCCGCCGCCAAAGAGAUGUCGAACGGAAGAUAUACCAAUGAUUCCGCCGCCAAAGAGAUGUCGAACGGAAGGUUCUGGCAGUCAAUCUCAAUACCAAACAAUGUCUUCACUAUUCGAGAACUCGUCCUCUGCUCUACUGAUUGACCGAAUGUUUGCUCAUUUGUCUAAAGAGACGGAAGUGAUGCGAGAAUGGGUUGGAUUAGAGAGGGAACGACUCACUCAAGAGGUGUCCCGAAGGAAGGAGGAGAACGAGAGGGACGAGCGCCGGGAGAAAGCAUUUCUGCAGCACUUGAUGCGAAUGCAGGAACAGAUGUUCAGCUUUUUAUCGAAACAACAAUUAGUAACCCCGGCGUCGAUGACCAGCGGUCUCUCAUUGCCUGCCUCUCCAUCUCAUUCAGCCGAUCAGCACAAAGACUAAAUGUCGUGAAGCGGUGGACGAGUCGUCGUAUCCUUAGACAAGCGAUGAUCUGCUGACCAUUGGUUCAAUUCUUAUGUCUCCGAAAGGCCUCAACCAUUAAACUUACUGAGUUUCCAAUCAAUUGCCGCAGUAUUUGCUAUCGAUUCUCGUCGAUAUCAUGUCAAUCGUGACAACCAUUUCAUUACUACAACCAAAUCAUUACUUUAUAAAUAGCAUUAAUUUUGUUUAACUUAUUUCGUAAUUCAAUUAAACUGUUCUUUGAUGUAAUUAUUCACACUUGAAUUCAUUAUUAAUUUUGAAUGACAUUUUCAAUAUAUACUUCUGUUUUUCUAACUUAUUAUUAGACCUUAUAUUUUGUCCAAAGUCAACACAAUAUAACUUAAAUGUAAUGAAUGAUUGAAUAAAAAGUUUAGUAACUUUUUGUGAUAUUUAUU